CGCCCGAGGGCCCCCCUGCCCCGACCCUUCCGACCCCGCGAGCACAAGACUGAUGUGGGAUCCGGGCCAGGCCGCCCCGGCAGGGCCUCCAACCCGCUGCUGGGCCAGGAUGGCGGGUCCGUUGCCGCCUCUCCCUUCUGCGCUGGUUCAGCGACACCCUGGCCGCGUCAGGCCCUGAUCACUUCAGCGUCCCUCUGCCUCCCUCCACUUUGCUUCUCACACUCCCUCUGGUCUUCCUGCCCCCUCUUCAGCGGUGGGACACUGGCUGGACCUGGGCCACCAGGUCUCAGGUGACUCUGCUGGGCCCAGACUGCUAGGCUCUUCCAGGAUCGGGACCCUACUGGGUCCAUCGCGACCCACAACUGUGAUACAAAACCACAGGAGGAGCUCUGCUGUCAAGGAGAAGCACACAAAGCCGGGCCCCGCCCAUGGACCCUCGCCAGGACCACCGGGAGGCCCCAGCGCGGCUGCCCUCCUAAGCCGCAGAGGACCCAGGCACAGCAGCCUGUGGGAGGAGCGAUGGUGCUAAGGAGGGGCAGGGGCGGGGGCACCUCCCCGCGGUGGCCUGGCCUGGGCGGCUGUAGCCUGCUGAAGGUGGCACUGUUGCUCCUCAGCCUGCCGGGGGGGAGCCGGGGGUCAGCCAGGGCCAACCUCAGCAUGGCUCUGGGCCACACUGUGCCACUGCCCGGGGGCCGCUACCUGAGCAUUGGGGACGGCUCUGUGAGGGAGUUUGAAUUCCCUGAGGAGAGCGAGGGCAUCAUUGUGAUCUCCAGCCAGUACCCGGCACAGGGCAACAGGACAGGGCCUGGUCCUGUGCUGAGGGCCUUCUCCCUGGAUACAGAGGUGCUGACUAUCCAGAACGUGAGUGCCAUGGCCUGGGGCAGGGGUGGGGGCUUCGUGGUGAGCAUCCGCUCUCGCCUGCCGGGACUGGCCCCACUCCACCUCCAGCUGGUAGACCCCCGAGAGACCCCGCCUAAGCUGAUAGAGGAGCAGAGAGGCUUUUGCAUCAAGGUCUCGCCCACUGAGGAAGCCCCUGCCACCCUCAGCACCGGGCUGGUCCAUCUGUCGGAGAACCCGAUACUCUACCUGCUCCUGCCGCUCAUCUUUGUCAACAAGUGUUCAUUUGGGUGCAAAGUGGAACUGGAGGUUCUGAGGGGGCUCCUGCAGAGCCCCCAGCCCAUGCUCCUGGGCCUCCUGGGCCAGUUCCUGGUCAUGCCCUUGUACGCCUUCGUGAUGGCCAAGGUCUUCAUGCUGCCCAAGGCCCUGGCCCUGGGCCUCAUCAUCACCUGUUCGUCGCCCGGCGGCGGGGGGAGCUACCUCUUCAGCCUCCUCCUCGGAGGGGAUGUCACCCUAGCCAUCUCCAUGACAUUCAUCUCCACAGUGGCUGCCACCGGCUUCCUGCCACUGUCCUCGGCUGUCUAUAGCCGCCUGCUCAGCGUCCACGAAACCCUCCACGUGCCUGUCACCAAGAUUCUGGGGACCCUGCUGUUCAUCGCCAUUCCCAUAGUGGCUGGUGUGGUGAUCAAGUCCAAGCUCCCCAAGUGCUCCCAGCUGCUGCUGCAGGUCAUCAAGCCCUUCAGCUUCGUGCUGCUCCUGGGCGGCCUCUUCCUGGCCUACCGCAUGGGGGUCUUCAUCCUGGUGGGCGUCAGGCUGCCCAUCGUGCUGGUGGGCCUCACGGUGCCCCCGGUUGGCCUGCUGGUGGGCUACUGCCUGGCCGCCUGCCUGAAGCUGCCCACGGCCCAGCGGCGGACAGUCAGCAUCGAGGUGGGGGUGCAGAACAGCCUGCUGGCCUUGGCCAUGCUGCAGCUCUCCCUCCGCCGCCUGCAGGCUGACUACGCCUCCCAGGCCCCCUUCAUCGUGGCGCUGAGCGGCACCUCGGAGAUGCUGGCCUUCGUUGUGGGCCAUUUCAUCUACAGCAGCCUGUGCCCCGUUCACUGAGGCCCCUGGGCAAGCUUCCGCCACCCCACCUGCACCCCACAGUCCCUGUGUACCAAAGGCCUUUAGUUCUCAUGCACUAUGCACUCGGAAAAUCUAGGCUUAUUUUUUUUACUGUUUUGUAUUCUCCAGCUUUCAAGGCCCAGGGGCCACGCUGAGUCGGUAGGUGGGCCCUGCCCAGAAAACAUGCUUCAAAUAAAAGAGAGAAGCAAGUGCA